AUGAUCUUCGUAAGUUCUUAUCUUCGUCGCCAUAUCCUGAUCUAUUUAUAUAUUAACGAGAAAGUUUCCAUACCUUUCGGCCUGUCUGUCUGUCUCUUUUCUCUCGUUUUUUUUCUCUCUUUAUUUUCUUUCAAACUCUCUUUCGAAGAUUUCCCCCUUUCUGGAAAUCUUUUUCUCUCGUUCUUUCCGAUUUUCAUCAUUUUCCAACCUUUCAAUCUGUUUUACUCUCCCCUCUCUGGGAUCUUUCCCCCCCUUCUUACCAGGCCUUCUUUUCUUUCUCUCUCUCACUCAUUAUGUUUCUCCUCCUCUGUGUGUAUUUCCCUCUCUUUCUUUCUCUUUCUUCAUCUUCCAUUUUCCUCCUCUGUCCUGUCUCUCUUUCCCUCUCCUUUGGACCUUCCUUCUCUCUUCUGUCUCUCUCUCUCUGUGGAUUUCUUUGUCUCCUCCUUCUGUGGAUGCCUUUUUCUCUCCACUUCUUUCCUCUUCUCUCUCCCUUUCAAUGUUUUUUCUUUCUCUCUCUUUUCCUCUGUGGAUGCCCUGUCUGUCUCUCAAACUCCUCUCUCUCUGUCUCCGCCUGCAUUAACUGUUUCUCUCUCUUUGCUUAUGCUUAGGUCUAACGCAAUGAGUCUCUCUCUCCUGUAA